AUGGAGCAGAACAGCCGGGGCCUUUCCAGCGAAAGCGGGCAACGCAAGAGGCACGGCGAGGCUCACUGCAUCCCGUGCGCCCGCUGCGCUGCGCCCCUGCGAGCAGCCGCCCUGGCGAUGAAGCAGGAGCAGGACGCCGUCGGCUUCGAGUCCACCCGCAGCAUGAAGCUGCAGCGCAGCUACCCCCUGGCCGCGGUCGUCGGCCAGGACGCCAUCAAGGAGGCGCUCCUGCUCGGCGCCGUCGACACGGCGCUCGGCGGGAUCGCGAUCGCGGGGCGCCGCGGGACGGCCAAGUCGAUCAUGGCCCGCGGCCUGCACGCGCUGCUGCCGCCGAUCGAGGUGGUGGAGGGGUCCAUCUGCAACGCCGACCCGGAGGACCCGCGGUCCUGGGAGGACGGCCUUGCUGAGAAGCUGGGCAGCCGCGAGCUGCCGACGCGGAUCCGGGAGGCGCCCUUUGUGCAGAUCCCCUUGGGCGUCACAGAGGACCGCCUCGUGGGGACGGUCGACAUCGAGGCGUCCAUGAAGGAGGGCAAGACUGUGUUCCAGCCCGGGCUGCUGGCUGAGGCGCACCGCGGCAUCCUCUACGUGGACGAGAUCAACCUGCUGGACGACGGCAUCGCCAACCUGCUGCUCUCCAUCCUGAGUGACGGCGUCAACGUGGUGGAGCGCGAGGGCAUCAGCAUCAGCCACCCCUGCCGGCCGCUGCUGAUUGCGACCUACAACCCGGAGGAGGGCCCCCUGAGGGAGCACCUGCUGGACCGCAUCGCCAUCACACUCAGCGCAGACGUGCCCGGCGGCUGGGAGGAGCGCGUGCAGGCGAUUGACGCGGCGGUGCGUUUCCAGGACGACGCGACGCUGGUGCUGCAGGAGACGUCCGAGCUGACGGGGGCGCUGGCCACCAACGUGGUGCUGGCGCGGGAGUACCUGAAGGAGGUGGAGAUCAGCACUGACCAGGUGGGUUGGGUCGGGGUGGUUGUACACAUUGUAUACAUACAAAUGAUAUCAAUUGGACUCUGA